UUUAUAUCAUCAAAAUUUUCUCCACAAUCGAUCAUACAUACAUUAAUUUCCAAAACACCAGUUGAUUCAACGAUAAAUCUGACAUACAACCUGAAUUUACGUCGCCAAGGGUUUCCAGUGAAGAUUGAUUGCAGUUUGGGGGUUUUCAUUGAUUCAUUCCAGAAAUGGAUGGAAACAAAGAUGAAGCGUUGACAUGUUUAAAAAUUGGAAAAGAUGCAUUACGUUUGAACGAUCGAGCUCGUGCAUUGAAAUUCAUCUCGAAAGCUAAACGUCUAGAUCCUUCUCUUUCCGUUGACGAUCUGUUGUCGACUCUAGAAGGUAAUCCGGCGAAUAAAUCGCCGGAAAGUGGAGAUAGUUCUGGUGUCCGGCGUAGGGUUCCGGCAACUGGAUCUUCAACAAGCUCUGGUUCAGGAACAUAUACAGAAGAACAGAUCACAAUCGUCACUGAGAUUAGACGGAAAAAGGAUUUUUACGAUAUUCUAGAUUUGGAGAAAACCUGUAGUGUUGAAGAUGUUAGAAAAGCUUACAGAAAACUGUCAUUGAAGGUUCAUCCUGAUAAGAACAACGCACCUGGAUCCGAUGAAGCUUUCAAGAAAGUUUCAAUGGCGUUCAAGUGUCUGAGUGUGGAUGUUGAUCGGAAAAGGUAUGAUUCUAUCAGAUCCGAUGAUGAUGAACCUGUUUAUCAUAAACAUACAACUGAGCAUGAUGUUCAUCAAGAGUUUGGUAAUGGAGUCUAUUAUGAUGGUCAUGGUGAGGAUGGUGAUGCCGAGACGAUCUUUCGGAACUUUUUCUAUGGAGAAACAAAUCAUCAGCCGACUACUACCACUCGGUGCACCGGAAACUGCAUGGGCACACGAACGGCGGACAACGGUCUGGGUGGGUUCGACCUGGACGUUGUGGUUCAGUUUUUGCUGGUGGUUUUGGCUGCGGUAGCAUGUUUAUUAGCUUUCGAGGCCAUGUUCAAGCAGUCUUAUGAUGAAGUUUGGUUUUUUGAUUGAUGGUCAAGAAGACGUUGUUUCCAUUAUGACAUGUUGAAGCAGAUUAAUAUAGUUGGGUUUCUUGAUUGAUAGUGCAGUUGCGGUUAUUUCCAUUGUGGCAUAUUGAAGCAGUUUAAUGUUGAUUGUGGGUCAACCUGGUUGCUGUUAUUUCCAUUGUGACUAUUGAAGCAGUUCAAUGUUGAUUGAUGGUCAACCCCGGUUGCCUUUAUUUCUAUUGUGAUAUGUUGAAGCAGUUUAAUGUACAUUGAUGGUCAACCUCGGUUGCCGUUAUUUCCAUUGUGACAUAUUGAAGCAGUUUGAUGUUGUUCGGUUUCU